GCAAUGAAAAAUAGAACAACAGUGAAAGAUUUUAUUCUCCUGGGUGUAACAGACAAUCCAGAACUACAGGUUUUGAUUUUCUUCUUUUUAUUGAUCACAUAUCUACUAAGUGUUACUGGAAACCUAACCAUCAUCACCCUCACCCUUCUGGACUCCCACCUGAAAACUCCCAUGUAUUUCUUCCUCCGAAAUUUCUCCUUCUUAGAAAUUUCAUUCACGUCUGUUUGUAAUCCUAGAUUUUUAGUCAGCAUCAUGACAGGUGAUAAAUCUAUUUCCUAUGAUGCUUGUGCAGUACAGCUAUUUUUCUUUAUUCUCCUUGGUUCAACUGAGUUUUUCCUCCUAGCUUCUAUGUCUUAUGACCGCUAUGUGGCCAUCUGCAAACCUCUGCACUACACAACCAUCAUGAAUAACAAGGUCUGCUACCAACUUGUUAUUAGCUCCUGGCUGGCUGGUUUCUUGGUUAUCUUUCCACCAUUGAUCCUGGGCCUCGGACUGGAUUUCUGUGACUCUAAUGUGAUUGACCACUUCACCUGUGACUCUGCUCCUUUACUGCAAAUUUCUUGCACAGAUACAAGCACUCUAGAACUCAUGAGCUUUAUUUUAGCUGUGUUUACUCUCUUAUUCACUUUAACAUUAGUAAUUCUUUCCUACACUUACAUCCUGAGAACAAUUCUGAGAAUCCCCUCAGCUCAACAAAGAAAGAAGGCCUUCUCAACCUGCUCCUCUCACAUGAUUGUCGUUUCCAUCUCAUACGGAAGCUGCAUCUUCAUGUACGUGAAGACAUCAGCAAAGGAAGGCGUUGCUCUUACAAAAGGAGUAGCCAUGCUCAAUACCUCUGUAGCUCCGAUGCUGAACCCAUUUAUUUAUACCCUAAGGAAUCAACAAGUGAAACAGGCACUUAAGAAUAUUAUAAAAAAAAACUCUUUCAUCAAAAAACAAUGA